UUAAUGAAUAAAAAUAUGUCUAUCAUGCUCGACAACGAGCCUGAAGUAGAUACAACAGACAAUGUUUGUUUACGUAAUAAAACAAAACUAAGAGAAAGAGCGAGUCGUUCAAACACCUCUUCAUCUAGUUCGAAUUCAUCGGCAUCGUUUAUUUAUGUGUCUAUGGAAGAAGUAUUAUCAGCGUCAAAAUGCGAAUUAAUGUUCAAGAACCACAUUACGGAGAAUAAUCGAAUGAACGGUGUUACUUCGUGGUAUUUAAAAAUCAAACGAGAAGUAUUAAAGAGUCUGAGGAAUAAGGUUUAUCCAAUUGUUGCAUGUGGGAAGAAAGGAUUAUACAAAAUGGCACAUUUUCAUAAACUGGACGAAAAACAUCCUUAUUACGCGAUAGCUGCUGUUCGUAUGUCACAAAAGCCAGAAAAUAAACCAGUUACUACAGCUAGCAUCUAUUGGAAAUUUGCAGCAUUCAACUUUAUUUCUAAAAGGAUACAGGAAAUCGAUGGUGGCUUCUUCGAAAAUCUUGGCACGUUGUUGGUCGAAAAAGUACGUGCUCAAGAACAAAUUGAAGGACCAAUUCCAAAAAAGAAAGAAGAAACAGGAGUUGAAGACGAUGAUAGUCUUAGCGAGGUUGAAAGCAUCGAGGAACCAACCGAAGCUUUAUUGGAAACUGACAGUGAUCGAGAUGAGAAAGAACAUGCACAUAAUUUUUUGAUAGAUUCCGUUGGCCUAAAUAUCGAGGAACUUUACACUGCCCUCGUGUAUAUGACACAACAUCAAAUCGGAUAUGAUGUUAGUAACGAAUGUGCACAAGAAGCAUUGUUAAAUCAUUUGCAAAAUGCAUUCAAAAUUGACAAUGAAACUCACGAAAGAAUUAGGGAAGAAACGCAAAACAUGGAGCCUCCAGAAAUGCGUCUCAGUGUAGAAGUAAUCGAAGCCAAAGAAUUGGUAUCCAAAGAUUCUAAUGGAAAAAGUGAUCCCUUUUGUGCCCUUUAUCUCGAAUCGGCUCCUACUAGAAGAUACAAUACUGCUGUAAAAACUUUUACGCUUAGUCCAGUAUGGGAAGAACAUUUUGAAUUACCUUUAGAGGAUCCAGAAAACGAUGUCUUAUCUUUAGAAGUUUGGGAUUUCGAUGCAGCUGAAACUGUUCCUGAGAAAAUAAGUAAAGUUAAAGAUAUUAAAGGUGUUCGUGGUCUCGUUAAACUUGCUAAAGAAAUUGCUGUAACAGCCACAACUGGUAGUCAUGAUAACGAAUUUAUUGGACGUUGUCGAAUACCUUUGAAGGAUAUUCCAACUACUGGACAUACGAUGUGGUAUUCUUUGGAGAAAAAAAAUAAGACUAAACGACGAGGAGUUGUUAAAUUAAAAUUGGCUUUUAGUACGGAACACAAUGCACAAGUUGCUGCACAAGAGCAUAGACAUUUAUUAAGAGUUUUAUUGUUAUACGAACUUGAAACUGAAAAAGUUGAAAAAUAUUGUUGGUGUGGUCGAUGGUCUGGUCCAGCAGAAGCUUUGAUACUUCAACAUAGUGCACAACGUGGUUUAUUGGAUAGAAACGUUGAUCUGGCUAAAUGGAUCGAAUAUGCUAGGAUUCAUCAAGAACAUCCACUUAAUUUUAUGGUUUUUAAUAAAUUGAUAGUGGAUUUAUUAAGACCUAUGGAUAAUGGAUUAUUUUCAACAGACGAAACUAAAUUAUUUUGGGAUGCAACUAGGAAAAUACUUUAUUCUUGUUUAAACAGUAUAAGAAAAAUAAGAAGAUUAGUUUUAGGAGAUAAAAAUGCCAUGUCACAGUUAACGGCUAUUUUAGGGAUAUUAUCAUCCAUUUCUACUCUUAAAAUUCCGGAUGAUUUUGAUCUAUUUCCUGCGAAGAUGUAUUCUUGGUUUCCAGAACCGGAUGGUACGAAAUUGGAUGUUUUUCGAGGCUUAGAAAAUACAGUUAUACAAGGUUGUAUUGAAUGGUAUGAACAUAUAACAAGUAAUACUACUCCUGAGACUAAUUCGGAUGAAGAUGUACUCAGAUUCCACAUUAAAAUAAUUCAAUUAAUCAGAGCAGAUUUACAACGAUCUAUAGAUCAUUACGACAAAUUGUUCAUUAAAAAAAUGAAUUUUCCUUAUACAAGAACAUUGUACAUUACUUAUGAAGAAAAAAUAAGUGACAUGUGCAUGGAUGUUGUGGAAGAUUUAUGUGUAAGAUUGAAACGUAUAGAAGUUGAUAGUAACAACGAUGCUGAAUUAAGUCUUGGUACAACUUUGUUUGAACUUUAUCUCACGUUACAACGAUAUGCUGUAUUUGGUCAAAUGGUGUGUGCAGAAGGACAAUUAGAAUCUAUGAAAAUUCAAAAUUAUCACGAUUGGUUUAGAGGUGGUGUAGCACAUUGGUUGGAUAUUGCAGUUUAUAAAGCUUUGAAACGAAUCGAUAGAGCUGUUGAAUUUGAUACGCUACAGGCUGUUGAUAAUACUGUGCAAUAUACAUCCAGUGCAGUAGAUACUUUAACAAUUUUUUAUCAAAUUAAAGUUUUUUGGACACAAUUGGCAUGGCCUGAUGUUGAAGGAUCUUAUACGUUUAUCGCUAAAAUAAUAGACGAUAUUUGUAAGUGUUCUAUUGCAUAUGCCGAUAAGAUGGCUACAAAAGCAGAAACUACAACAGAUUUAGAACAACUCAAUGAAAGUAGUGUCUAUGAGAGAAAAUUUUUGGUAUCUAAUGCCUGGUGCUUUGCUAUUAAUAAUAUUGAUUAUAUCAGAACAUCUAUUGGACCAUUGGCAAAUGAUUUGGGUCUUCAAGCUAUCGUUGAUGCUUUAAAAGAAAACAAAACGGAGGAAGAAGCUGAUCGUUGUAAACAAACUCUUGAAUUGAUCAUCGCUAAUGCAGCAGAUACAGUUAGAAAUAAAAUUAUUGAAUUAUUGGAAUUUGUAGCUCAUAAAAUGGCUCCUGCUAUGAGUAGGUAUCUCAUGGAAGGAGCUGAAUUAAUAGAUACAACUAGUAAUGCGAUGGAUCGACUAUUGCAAUAUCUUGAUUCUAAUUUAACAACGUUACACGAUAAUCUUAGUCAAGAUAAUUUUGAAAGAGUUCUAUUAGUUAUUUGGGAGAUUAUGUCUGAAACACUUUAUCAACUAGUUAACAGUAAUUUAGAAAAAAGAAGACCACCUUCUUUCUACUCUAAUUUACAUCGGACACUUCACACGCUCAUUAAAUUUUUCAAUCUCGGUGCAGAUGAAACGUCAAACGUACAGGUAUUAGAGAAGAUCGAAGAACUUUUGAAACUUCAUGGUUUGGAAACAGCUGAGCUCAUUCAUCGAUAUAAUCAAGAUCGAUUGAAAGAACAGAAAGAAAUGGAAGAAACUAUUUAUGGUCUUCUCACUGUAAAAGCUUCCUUCUUGAACAAUUCGUUGAACAUUCAAAUUCUCAAUGCCAGAAAUCUACGACCGAUGGAUAGCAAUGGAGAUUUUAUAGGCAAGCUGUCUACUCUCGAGCGUAAACUGCACUCUAAAUCUAAACAAAGACUGAAAGAAGGGAAGAAAAGCAAAUGUGACUCUUAUGUUAAAAUAAGAUUGUUGCCGGAAAACAAAUUUAUCGAUACUAAGACACCAAAGACACACGUACAGAAAGAAACUUUGUUUCCUCUUUUUGAUGAAACUUUUAACAUUCCUCUUACCGAAGAACAAAGAGCUAUAGAGGAUGCUAUAGUAGCUUUUGAAGUUAAAGACAAGGAUUUCUUACGAACUAGAUUUAUGGCUGAAGCUUUUCUAGCAUUCGGUGAAAUUUCAGAAAUGGGACCAGAUAAAGGAAUGGAAUCGAUGGAACAAAUUCAUUUGAAACUUUCACGGCCAAGCAAUAAACGUACGGACGUAAUUCGAGCUUUAGAACAUAGAAAAGGAGACAACCAAGCAAUGGAUUUCAUAUCUAAAAUACAUAAUAAAUCUAAUGCAAAAUAGUAGGAAAAUCUAUGAACAUAAAAAAGUCAUAUCGAACAACGUCCAUAAGUGUAGCUAUUAUCACUCAUUGCCUUAUAUCAUUGUUAUUUUUAAUAAAUUUUACUAUUUAAUAAAAAAAAAAAAAAAUAAAAAAA